AGUGCAUGCUGUGCAUGAGCUCACUGCACUAGGAUAGCAGUGUGAAUGGAUGAUCGCUGGUUGGCAUGGGCUUGGUGGGAUGGUUUCCAUGCUAAAUCAACAAUUCACAAUUUAAUUCCUGCAACUGAGAUGUCAGUACAUGUUUUGAGAAUGAAGGUAAUGUUUUUUUUUCUUCACAGGAUGUAUUGCUCCAGGUUUGUGCUGCUGACAAUGGUUAUCGCGCUUGUCAAGGAUUCCCUCGCCACCUCCUGUGUCGUUGAUAAAUUCAACGUAAAGAAUGGAUUUGACCAAAAAAGAUAUGCUGGUAAAUGGUAUGCUCUGGCAAAGAAAGACCCAGAGGGACUCUUCCUCGACGACAACAUCUCAGCUGAAUACUUUGUGGAUGAUGAAGGAAUUAUGACAGCCUCUUCAAAGGGAAGAAUAAAGAUUUUUGGGUUCUGGGUGAUCUGUGCCGAUAUGGCAGCUCAAUAUAAUGUACCUAAUCCUCUAGAACCAGGGAAAAUGGAGAUGACUUACCAGGGGCUUGCAAGUUACCUGUCCAGCGGAGGUGACCAGUAUUGGGUGAUUGACACCGACUAUGAUAAUUAUGCCGUCACAUAUGCGUGCCGCAGGCAGAAGGCGGAUGGAACCUGUGAUGAUGGCUACUCCAUCAUCUUCUCCCGCAGUCCACAUGGUUUCCCGGCAAACAUCCAGCGUAUCGUGCGUCAGAAACAAGAGGAGAUUUGCCUCACUGGGCAGUUUGAGCCAGUGCUUCAGUCAGGUGAGUAAAGGGC